CUGCAAAACGGUGCCGUUUUUCUUGUUGAAGGAGCUCAUGCCACUGCCAGACGCCUAGGCUUACUAUCAAUAGCGAUCCAGGUCGGAACUUAGCGUAAAUAUUUCUGCGCUCUUUUCCAACUUCGACUUCAAGUCGUGGUAUUCGUUCAGAAACACCUAGGCCAAGUCACUGCCCUAAGUCCCUAAACCAUGAGUCGAGGAAGUGGAGGGGGAUACGAUCGUCAUAUUACUAUCUUCUCACCCGAAGGUCGUCUCUUUCAAGUGGAGUAUGCUUUUAAGGCUGUUAAAUCUGUGGGGAUCACCUCAAUUGGCGUCCGAGGGAAGGAUUCCGUAUGUGUUGUUACCCAGAAAAAGGUUCCGGACAAGCUCUUGGACCAGACGAGUGUUACACAUCUAUUUCCCAUCACAGAGUACCUCGGUUUAUUGGCAACUGGGAUAACAGCUGAUGCUAGGACGUUGGUUCAACAAGCAAGGAAUGAAGCUGCUGAGUUUCGCUUUACAUAUGGAUAUGAGAUGCCUGUUGAUGUGUUGUCCAAAUGGAUUGCUGACAAGUCACAGAUCUACACUCAGCAUGCUUACAUGAGACCGCUUGGAGUAGUUGCUAUGGUCGUGGGUAUUGAUGAAGAAUAUGGACCCCGACUUUAUAAAUGUGAUCCAGCUGGUCAUUACUUCGGUCACAAGGCCACGAGUGCUGGAUUAAAGGAGCAAGAGGCAAUUAAUUUCCUGGAGAAAAAGAUGAAGAAUGAUCCUUCAUUUACCUAUGAAGAGACAGUGCAGACUGCUAUAUCUGCACUGCAAUCUGUUCUUCAGGAGGAUUUUAAGGCCACUGAGAUUGAGGUGGGAGUAGUGCAAAAGGAAAAUCCAAAAUUUAGGGUUUUAUCCACCGAGGAGAUCGAUGAACAUCUGACUGCUAUUAGUGAGCGUGAUUGAUUUCCAAGCAAUCUUGAUGUGGAACAAUUUUCAUCUGUUAUCUUGUAUUUGCUUAAAUUUUAGCUAUCAAGGUUCCAUGUUGCCCAAGCAGCUUGAUGUCACUACAAGUUUCAUCUGUUACUACGAAGAGGACGAAGUGAAGAUGCCAUGGAUUUUUCUGUGUUCUACUUUGAUCCUUCAAAUAUAUUUAAUAUUCUAUACUAAUUCUACAGGUAUUUCGGUCAGAAAUUUCAGCAUGUGUUCGUCAACAUUAUGUUUGUCUAUUUUAACAAGAGAUAAACACAACGUGAUAUUUGAGAA